GAUGACGUUUCAGCGGGAGUAGCCUAACUUUACGAGGAGGAAGCAUCUGUCGUGACUGAGCCGGCAAGAGGACGAAAGCAGAGGAAUAAAGUAUCUAGAAGUCGGUUAAACACAAACCAAGAAGAGAACCAUGCCUGGAGACAUUGCCAAGGGUAAGAAGGCGUUCGUCCAGAAGUGUGCCCAGUGCCAUACUGUGGAGAACGGCGGAAAGCACAAGGUUGGGCCGAACCUUUGGGGUCUAUUUGGACGCAAAACUGGCCAGGCAGAGGGUUUCUCCUACACUGAUGCCAACAAAAGCAAAGGUAUUACUUGGAAUGAGGACACCCUAAUGGUCUAUCUGGAGAACCCAAAGAAAUACAUUCCAGGAACAAAGAUGAUCUUUGCUGGCAUCAAGAAGAAGAAUGAACGGACUGACCUCAUAGCUUACCUUAAAUCUGCAACUUCAUAAAAAAACUUUGUGUCCAUCAAACUGCUCAAGAGGUCAUCUGCUCAUCCUCGAUUCCAAAUCAGGCAGAAGGGCAACAAAUCUGAGUGGUGUUGGUAUGAUAUGUUUGUCACAGCUGUAUCUCUGUUUCUGAUUUGAUCCUCCUUGUGUGGUGGAAUACAUGAUAUCCCCUGGUUUUGUCAGGUUACUUUUCUAAAAUAAAUUAUUAAACAAUAUACUGUGUAUUCAGAAUGUAGAGACUGAAAGCUGUUUGUAUUUUUGUUGAUAAACUGUCAUCCAGUAUUUUUCUCAGAUGUUUUUUUGGCUAAUGCUCAAGAUGUCUUAAUAAUUGUUCUAUAAAUGAAUAUGCCUUUUCUGCAUCAAAUUUUGAUGUUACCUCAACAGUCUUUUAUUAUGCGAUUUUAAUAAAUCGGACACUAAAUGUC